AUGGUCAAAGCCAGCGAGGUUCUAUUUUACCUCUUCCACCCCCAGCAGUUGCGCUCCAUCAUUCAAUGGAAAGUCUGGCACAAUCCUGUCCACGAACGAGAUGAAUCCAAAGAAACUGAAGUCACCAAGCAAUGCUUCAAAUACCUGAACUUGACCAGUCGCUCAUUCAGUGCCGUCAUUCAAGAGUUACACCCAGAGCUUUUGCUGCCUGUAACUGUGUUCUACCUGGUCCUGCGCGGCUUGGACACCAUUGAAGAUGAUACCUCCAUCCCCGCAAAGAAGAAGGAGCCAGUCCUGCGCAACUUCGAUGAGGUGCUUGACAUUGAUGGAUGGACUUAUACUGAGAAUAGGCCAGAAGAGAAGGAUCGCGACCUGUUGCUCAACUACGGAUGUGUUGUCGAAGAAUUUAAAAAGCUCAAACCUGCCUACCAAGUUAUCAUCAAGGAUAUCGCAAAGAGAAUGGGCAAUGGAAUGGCCGACUACUGCCUGAAAUCCGAGAACAAUGAGUUUUCUGUCAUCACGUGCGCCGAGUACGACGAAUAUUGUUACUAUGUGGCGGGAUUGGUUGGUGAGGGAUGCACGAGAAUGUUUGUGGAAAGCAAAUUCGGGAAUCCGGUUCUGCUGGACAGACCCCACCUUCACAAGUCGAUGGGGAUCUUCCUGCAAAAGACUAACAUCAUCCGGGACGUGCGAGAGGAUUCCGACGACAACAGAGUGUUCUGGCCGAAGGAGAUCUGGUCGAAGCACGUGGACAAAUUCGAAGAUCUCUUCCAGCCCGAGUACAAGGAGCAGGCAUUGAAUUGCAGCGCGGAGAUGGUAUUGAACGCGCUCAACCAUGCCGACGAAUGUAUUUUCUACAUGGCUGGGCUUAGGGAGCAGAGCGUAUUCAACUUUUGCGCCAUUCCACAGACCAUGGCGAUUGCGACGUUGGACCUCUGCUUCAGGAAUUACGCCAUGUUUCAGCGCAACAUCAAAAUCACAAAGGGUGAGGCCUGUCAGAUCAUGAUCGAAUCAACCCAGAACCUUCAGGUGGCAUGCGAAGUGUUCCGCCGACAUAUCCAUUCCAUCCGCAAGAAGAAUCGGCCGCAGGACCCGAAUUUUCUGAAAAUCAGCAUUGCAUGUGGCAAGGUGGAGCAGUUCAUCGAGUCAAUAUUCCCAUCCCAAAAGGUGGAGGAGAUCUUGGCCAAGAACAAGGCCGACGAGGCUCGGGCAGCCCUUGCAAAGUCAGACAAGGAUGCAGCAGAUUCGAGAGGAUUAAAGGAGACACUCGCCUUGUUCGGCGCCGUGAUCGGGAUGUUACUCUUCGUUACUGCCAUUAUGGUUGCGGCUGCGUGGUUUAUGGGUGCCCAAUUCGACGUGGCUUUUGACGAAGUGAAGAAGUCCUGGGGACAGAUCUUGAGUGGGGACGUCUUCAAAGGACCGCAAAACAGCACUUCGACCGACACCGCCCGUCAUGGCGAACUAUGA